AUGCACCCGACUACGGCGGUUUUGUUAUUUCUAGCUACGGUCGAUUGUCAACCUCCUGGAAAUAUUUUUCAUCUUGGAUUUUUACAUUGUGAUGUACUUCAAAAAAAUGUGGAAGGAAGCAGUCCUUAUAUCAGUUACCGAACAUCAGCCAGUGCUGCGAGCAUUGCCAUAGACAGAAUUAAAAGAGAGAAUCGUCUUACUGGAUAUGAUUUCAAAUUUACCAUAUUAUAUGAUCAAUGUGACGAAAAUCUUGCUGCUGGAAAUGCAAUUAAACUGUUCAGGGAUUAUAAUUAUUGUUUUAUUUCAGCAGCAAUUCCAGUUUUCACUUUGGCCACUUACUACAAUACACCAAUUGUCACUUGGGGUAUGACAUCCUCAGCUACUCUCGAUGAUGCUUCCAGAUACCCAACCGCUGGAAUAAUCUCCAUUGGAUCGAGAAGGCAUAGGUACUUCAGUUUGGCUGUAACUUUCCGUGAAGUGAUGUUGGAAUAUGGAUGGGAUCAGUUUGUUUAUGCGUAUUCUUUGGAAGGAGAUGAUGAGAAAUGUGAAACAAUGAGGGAUGAUUUCCAAAAUAUGAUUGCAUACUAUGGAGAUAUUGUUCUCUCUUACACAAUACAGAUUAUGGAUCACAGUGAGGCAGGAUUGUUGGCUGUUUUGAAAGAUGUUUCUACCCGGGGAAGAAUAAUUGUUCCAUGUUUUCACGAAGGAAACACUAGAGGUCUUCAUAGAAGAUGGAUGCUUGUGGCAGCUAGAAAUGGAUUUGUCACUGAUGAAUACGUUUACAUUAUUCCGUCUUUAAGAUCUAAAGGAUACGCUAUUCAACAAGAUGAUGGAUCUUAUAGAUACCCGUGGGUGGACAGUACCGGACCUCAACCAAGCGAUCAUGAAGCCAUUCCCGGGUUUCAAAGAUCAAUAUUUAUUGUUGAUAUGCAAGGACAAGGAAAAAUUGGUUCAAAUUAUUCAGUGUUUGAGGAUGAAGUCAUUCGAAGAAUGAAGCAACCACCUUACAACUGUACUGAAGCUUGUUCUGCUCAGGAAUAUCAACAUGCAGCAACUUAUGCUGGUCAGUUGCAUGACGCUGUCUAUCUUUAUGGAUUGGCUAUGGAGAGAGUUCUCAUAACUGCUCCAACUCAAUACAGAAAUGGAACUCAGUUUGGUUUCUUGGAAAACAUUUUUUCCGGGCAUCAUAAUUUAGGUGUCGGAGGUCCAAUUGUAAUUGAUGACAGUGGGGGUCGUAGUCCAACUCUUUUUGUGUUGACUCUUGAUGCAAACAAUACUUCUUCCAUUAUAAUGACUGUCGAUGUUGACCAACAAUCAGCCGAAGUCACGAAACUUUAUUCGAAUGAAGCCACUGCAGUGUGGUAUCACCGGAAAGGAAUCAGACCUCCAGAUGAACCUGUUUGUGGAUAUACUGGGUCAAAAUGCCCUGCAAAUGUGUUCUAUGAGAACAUGGGAUGGUUUAUUGCUGCCAUUAUUGUAAUUUUGCUCACGAUUCUCGGUGCAAUUCUAGCAUUUGUCUAUCUUUUCUAUGCCAAACGACAAGAAGUUGAAAGACAGAAUGCUCUUUGGCAGAUUCCAUACAAAUCAAUGAUGACGGUUGCAAAAAAAGGAAAAGGAGAACACAGUAUGAGGAGUAUCAGCAGCGUUCCAAGUACAAUAUCUUCAACCCGAUCAUCCACACUUUCGGAAGUUGGAGAAACUAGAAAUUAUUUAUUUUUUCAAAUACAGAAUGAGGUUGAAAUUGAGAAAGUGGCUGCCAGAAAAUACACAAUUCGGACGUUAUUCGAUAAUAAAAUUUGCGCCAAUAUGAGACAGAUGAGAUUGAUUGAUCAUUCAAACUUGAAUAAGUUUAUUGGAAUGUCUCUGGAUGCACCUCAACUACUAUCAGUAUGGAGAUUCUGUUCGAGAGGUUCUCUUGCAGAUGUAAUCAGAAAGGCGAGUCUUCAAAUGGAUGGGUUCUUCAUUUAUUCUUUGAUGAAAGAUAUUGUGAAUGGAUUAACAUGGAUCCAUGAUUCAUCUCAUGAGUACCAUGGAAUGCUUACUUCUAAGAAUUGUCUUCUAAAUGACAGAUGGCAACUGAAAAUUACUGAUUUCGGACUGAGAAACUUCAGAACCCAUGAUCAGUAUACGAAAAUGGGUGAGCUACUGGAAAUAUUGUAUUUCUCAGAGGUUUUUAAAUUUUCAGACCGCUUGUGGACGGCUCCUGAACUCUUAAGAAAUGAUGAUAUAAUGGGAAGUCGAGAAGGAGAUGUUUAUAGUUUGGGGAUCAUCAGUGCUGAGUUGAUAACCAGAAGUUCAGUUUUUGAUUUAGAAAAUCGGAAGGAAGACGCAGAAGAGAUAGUCUAUAUGUUGAAGAAAGGAGGAUUACAGUCACCUCGCCCACAUUUGGAUCAUGAUGAAUCAAUAGAAAUCAAUCCAGGAUUGCUGCAUCUUGUGAGAGAUUGUUGGACAGAAAGACCUUCUGAGCGUCCUGAUAUUAAGCAAGUGGCAUCUCAGUUGAGAAGUAUGAACACAAAUCGGAAUGAUAAUUUGAUGGAUCACGUCUUCAAUGUUCUGGAAUCGUAUGCUUCCACAUUGGAAGACGAAGUUGCUGAAAGAAUGAAAGAAUUGGUUGAAGAAAAGAAGAAAAGUGAUGUUUUGUUGUAUCGAAUGCUUCCUAAACAAGUAGCCGAUAAACUGAAACUCGGACAGACUGUGGAACCAGAAACAUUUGACGUCGUCACUCUUUUCUUCUCCGAUGUCGUCAGUUUCACCACUCUCGCGGGAAAAUGUACUCCUCUUCAAGUUGUGAAUCUUCUCAAUGGUCUGUAUACUAUCUUUGAUGGGAUCAUUGAACAACACGAUGUGUAUAAAGUGGAGACAAUCGGUGACGGCUACUUUGUUGCAUCUGGAGUUCCACGUCGUAAUGGGAAUGAGCACACAAGAAACAUUGCAAGCAUGUCUUUGUGCUUUGUAAAGUCUCUGGCGGAUUUUAAUAUUCCUCAUUUGCCCGGCGAGAAGAUUAAUAUCCGAGUUGGAUUUCAUUGUGGAUCAGUAGUUGCUGGUGUAGUUGGUCUCACAAUGCCUAGAUAUUGUCUCUUUGGAGAUGCUGUAAAUACAGCAAGUCGAAUGGAAAGUAACUCAAAGCCGUCAUGUUCCAAUUUUUCAGCUGGCCAUGUUCACAUUUCGGACGAAGCAAACAGAAUGCUGAUGACUCUCGGUGGAUUCACUACAGAGACACGUGGAGAAGUCAUAAUUAAAGGAAAAGGUGUCAUGACAACGUACUGGUUGCUCAAAAUGGACGAGUCAGCCGCCCCGAAAAAUCUGAAGAAAUAA